AAAUGGCAAAAAUUGUAUAUUGUUAUUAUACUUUCUGUGUUGAAAAGAAAUAGUUGAUAUAAGCUAUGGAUCUCUACGAACCCUGCUUUGUCAUUUGGGGUUUAAAUACAAGAAAGAUGAUAACCGAAGAGCACUAAUGGAGACACCUAAUAUAGCUUCAAGAGCAGCAGCAUUUUUCAGAAAAUAUAUGGAAAAUAAACAUUCAGAAUUUACACGUCAACUAGUUUUUAUCCGAUGAUACAUGGAUUUUCUCAAAGGGCAACAAUAUGAAAUCAUGGCAAGAUGAUAAUGUAAAGAGUGUUCGGAGACCAGGUGGAUUUGAUGGAAAACGCUUCAUUGUAUUACAUGCUGGACACAAAGUUGGUUUUAUAAAAAAUGCCAGUUUGGUUUUUGCUGGUAAAUCGAAACUGAUGGAUUAUAAUGGAGAAAUGAAUAAUGAGAACUUUACAAAGUGGGUAGACAAUCAAUUAAUUCCAAAUUUAGAAGAACCAUCUUUAAUUCUCGAGAAGAAUGAAAUUCCAUUUGAUAAGCAGAUGUUUAAAGCAGAAUUAUUGAGCUUAGCAAAGUUACACAAAAAACCGAAGAAAUAUAAAAUAGAUCAAUUAUUACAAGCAAAUGGACAUGAAGCAUUAAGAUUGCCACCCUACCAUUGUCAGUUCAAUGCUAUUGAAAUGAUUUGGGCAGAUACAAAACAUUAUUAUAAUAUACAUAUUAGUGAAGUUGGGCAUACAGAUGAAAACGUUUUAGAAAUGUGGAAAAAAGCCGUAGAAAAAUUUACGCCAGAAGUAUGCCACGCGAAAGUGUGUCACACUGACAAACUAAUUCAAAAUUGGUAUGGCCGUAAAGUCAUAAUCGAAGAAAUGCCAGAGCCUAUUAUCCACCUAACCAAUGACGAAAGUGAUAGUAAUGAAAGUUCUAGUGAAUCCUGUGAAUCAUUAAAUGAAAAAUUAUAG